UUAUCUUGUCCAUACCCUCAAUUUUUUUUCUUCUAAGGAAAUGAUGAAAAUUGAAAACUCCUGUUCCAAACUUUGUUUUGUUCUUCCACUUCACAUGCUCCAUAAAAUCCAGAAUUUAUAAACAAACAAAUCUAUCACUCUCUCUCUUUCACCCUCUCUCUGUAUCCCCCUGACACAACAAUGAAGUCAUGAAACUCAGUUCUUAAGUUAUUACACCUUUAUUUUCCCUUUUAUUUAUUUCUCCCCUUUCAACUUCAUUAAUUUUCUUUGUGUAUAUUUAUCAUUUUCCUAAAUUUUCUGUUCUUCCUGUGCUACUGACCUCUUCUGCUUCAAACAGCUUCACUGUUUUUUCCAGUGAAGCUCACACUCAUACACAAAUACACUCUUUCUCUCUACAAAAUCACCAUUUGCAAACCCUUUUGGGAUGAUCUUACACAGAUUUAGCUAAACAUCACAGUACAGAUUUAGCUAAACCCUCACAGAAAAUUAACUUCAAUCCCUCUGUUUUCACACUACAAAUUUCUUGCUUUUUUACCCACUUUAUAUCUUGAUUCACCUCUUCAUUAUUUCUAAAACUCUCCAUUUUUUUUUGCCAUUUAUUUGAUCCAUUUUCUCUCCUUUCAUUGCAUACCCACUUCAAUCUAUAAAACCAUUUUUCAUCAAAUUCAAGGAAAAAAAAAACCCAUUUUUUCAAAUUUAUUUUUCCUGAAAAAGACCUACUUCACUUAAAACUGUUACACCACAUUAACAUCAAAUUUCAAGUUUUCAACCAAAUCCUUCCAAAAUUUCUUUCUUUUUUUCCCCUUCACUUAAAACAGUUUUUUCCAACCAAACCCAGAUAAAAGUUUCUAUUUUUAAAAAAGACCCACCUCACUUUACUCCCCAUUUCCAUCAACUUUCAACCAAAAACCCACCUCCCAAAACUUCUCUGUUUUCAAAGCAGAGCAAGUUAACUUCAAAAACCCCAUUUUUACCCAAAAAAAUCCAACCAUAACCCACAAAAACUAAACAAUAAAAAACCCAAAAAGUUUAAACCUUUUAACUUCCUCUCUCCUCCACACACACAUACACAUGCAUUCAUGAGUUGGGAAGUUUGUGAUUUGGUGCAAAUUGGGGUAAAAUGGGGUGUUCAAUGUCAAAUUUAGCUGCUAAAUUUGCCUUCUUUCCGCCAUCUCCGGCAACAUAUGAGGUUAAAAAAAGGGAUUCAGACAGCAAAGUUGUGGCGGUUUCAACUGCGGCGGCUGUGCCAAUACCUCAAGGAGAUGACCCACUUUUGAAUGUUCAUGUAAUUGAGACAAAAAGAGGGAACAAAAUUGUAGCUUUUUACUUGAAAAACCCUUAUGCUAGACUCACUCUUCUUUACUCUCAUGGAAAUGCUGCUGACCUUGGUCAACUCUAUGAUCUCUUUGUUCAGCUUAAAAUCAAUCUCAGAGUCAACUUAAUGGGGUAUGAUUACUCUGGGUAUGGUGCAUCGACUGGGAAGCCGAGUGAGACCAAUACAUAUGCAGAUAUAGAGGCUGUUUAUCAGUGUCUUCAGUCGGAAUAUGGUAUCAGUCAAGAAGACUUAAUUUUAUACGGGCAGUCUGUAGGAAGUGGGCCCACACUGCACCUGGCUUCGAAAUUGCCAAGGUUGAGGGGAGUGGUUUUGCACAGUGCCAUCCUCUCCGGACUUCGUGUAUUGUGCCAUGUGAAGUUCUCAUUCUGUUUUGAUAUAUAUAGGAAUAUACGAAAAAUUCGGAACGUGAAGUGCCCUGUGCUGGUUAUACAUGGUACAGAGGACGAUGUAGUGAACUGGUUACAUGGAAAUGGAUUAUGGAAACGAGCCAGGGAACCUUAUGAACCUUUAUGGAUCAAAGGCGGUGGGCACUGCAACUUGGAGCUGUACCCUGAUUAUAUUCGCCACCUCUGCCGGUUUGUCCAUGAAAUGGAGAACACGACCACACAAAUCCGGCUGAAGAAGAUCCGGGACGCCCUUAACCUCCAUCCAAAGCCCCGUCAUCCUCCCCCCAAUACUACCUGUAGCCGGUCUUGUAACUGUUGGGACUGUUGUAGCUGUACCUGUAAGAUGAAAUGCUGGCAACCUCGUUGCCCUAAAUCCUGUUGCUCACUGAGCUGCUGUGCUUGUUUCAAAUGGCCUAAAUGCUCGAGUUGCUGUAGUUGUUUCGGAUGGCCUAAAUGCUCGAGUUGCUGUAGUUGUUUCGGAUGGCCUAAAUGCUCGAGUUGCUGCUGCAUACCUGAAUGUUUAAAAUGCUCACGACCAAAAUGCUCCGAGGAUUGCUGUUCAUGCAAAGGAUGCUGUUCAUGGAAUUGCUGUGGCUGUUGUUGUUCUACAGAUCAGAGGCAAGGCAGUUAGUAGGUUUUGUUUUAGUAUCAUUUUUAAAAAAUUAUGUGGAUGUGGGAUUGUACAGAUUUGCAAAACUAGCUAACCUUUCUCAUUCUCCAAUUUGUGCAGUUUAGUGGCCUAAGUUAUACCAAUUGUGGUUCUCUCUCUCCCCCUCCCGUCCCAAAAUCUUAAUGUCCCGAAAAUUCCGACUGUGUUAGAUUUAAAGAUAGUACCAAUUAUUACAA